AUGCUGUCAGCCUAUGUGAAGCUGGCAGUGCGCUCGCCCCCCGACGAUGUGCUGCACGGCAAGCUCAUGGCCAUCUUCACUCGGUGCGGUGUGACUGCAGAGAGGUGCAGUGUGACUGCAGAGGUGCGGUGUGACUGCAGAGGUGCAGUGUGGUGCAGAGGUGCAGUGUUACUGCAGAGGGGCGGCCCUGCCAUGGCCGACAUCGUUGCUCACAUGACCAAGUUCCCCCAACGCGUGGGGCGGCCCUGCCAUGGCUCACAUGCCCUGCCAUGGCUCACAUGCCCUGCCAUGGCUCUCUCUUCCCUCCCUGCUCUCUCUUCCCUCCCUGCUCUCUCUUCCCUCCCUGCUCUCUCUUCCCUCCCUGUUCUCUUCCGUGGUGCAGCUCAUGAGGCAUGA